AGGGAAGUAAAGUGAAUAUAUUUUGUGAGCCAACGGUGCGAUCGAUUGCUUCACAAAUCUCUAAGUCGUUGUAUUUUUUUAUACCAUCGAAGAUAUCAUACGAUUGUCUUUCAUUAUAGAGCCAUAAAAUUGUGUGUCGAUUGUAAUUAAUAUCUUUAAAAGUUUUAAUUAAUUUUUAUUGUAGUGUUAGUGUUUGGCAUAAGCCGUCAAAAUUAAAUCAACAAAAAUUGAAAGAAAGCCUCAAACCUCUGUUAAGGUGCGAGCGAUGCCCGAACAGAGUAAUGACUACCGGGUAGUAGUGUUCGGCGCCGGAGGGGUUGGCAAAUCUUCAAUGGUUUUGAGAUUUGUUAAAGGCACAUUUCGAGAUUCCUAUAUACCAACAAUUGAGGACACGUAUAGACAAGUGAUAUCGUGCAAUAAAAAUGUCUGUACGUUACAGAUCACCGAUACUACCGGUUCUCAUCAAUUCCCAGCUAUGCAAAGACUUAACAUCACUAAAGGACAUGCAUUUAUGUUGGUUUAUAGUAUUACAUCCAAACAAAGUUUAGAAGAACUGAUACCAACAUAUCGUGAGAUAAUUGAGGUAAAAGCGGGAGAAGAGAAUCUGCCGAUUAUGUUAGUCGGAAACAAAUGUGAUGAAGAUGUCAACAGAGAGGUCACCAAUGAUUACGCCAACGAAAUGGUCAGCAAAAUACUGAAGGGCUGUGCCUUUAUCGAGACGUCAGCCAAAACAGGACACAACGUUCACGAGGCGUUUCAGGAGUUGCUAUCACUGGACAARAGUCGAAACAUGUCUUUACGUAUGGAUCUGAAGAAAACGAGAUCACAAAUAAGGAAAGAGAAAUUAAAAGGUCACUGUUCUCUAAUGUAGCCAUCAAUUCAUCAAUUCUACAAUUUUGACUAUUUUUUGUGUCUGUGUGUGUCAUAUAUACAAAUAUAGCCUCAGUUUGUUUGGCC